AUGGGUGAGUGGGACAUCCUUGGGCGGCUAUUGGACAAGGUGCAGAAGCACUCCACGGUGGUUGGAAAAAUCUGGCUGACUGUGCUCUUUGUCUUUAGGAUUCUUGUCCUCGGAGCCGGUGCUGAGAAAGUGUGGGGCGAUGAACAAUCCGAUUUCAUCUGCAACACUCAGCAGCCGGGCUGUGAGAACGUUUGCUACGACCAUGCGUUUCCAAUUUCACAUUUGCGCUUCUGGGUGCUACAGAUCAUCUCAGUGUCCACUCCAACUUUGAUCUACCUGGGCCAUGUCCUGCAUGUCAUCCAUGAGGAGAAGGACAUGAGAGAGGCCAUGAAGAAGGCCCAGAAUGAUCAGGCCAGUGUAUUUCUCAAGAAAGGCUGCAAACUGCCCAAGUACAGCAAUGACAAGGGCAAGGUCAACAUCCAAGGCCGGCUCCUAAGAAGUUAUAUCUUGAAUUUGCUGUGCAAGAUACUGCUUGAGGUUGGUUUUAUUCUAGGCCAGUACUACUUGUUUGGUUUCACCCUUCAGGCCCAAUAUGUGUGCAGUCGUUUCCCCUGUCCGCACAAGGUGGACUGUUUUCUAUCAAGGCCGACUGAGAAAAAUGUAUUCAUUUGGUUCAUGCUGGUCGUAGCCUGUUUGUCAUUGCUAUUGAACCUCAUCGAGGUGUUCUAUCUGUGUGUCAAGAAGGUCAAUGAGUGUCUGAACCGGCAAAAGGACUACACUGUGACCCCUGUGAUCUCUGUUAUGACCAAGAAAAAUGUUGAUGAAAAAGAUCAAGUGGUCCAGAACUGGAUGAAACAUGGGGUAGGCCUUCAGAAAAACGAGCUUGGCAAUGAGAUAGCUAAAAACAUGGUUUUGGAAGACCACAACACCAAUGAUAUGGAAGAGGUUCAUAUCUGA